AUGUCGAAACCCAUUGACCACGUAAAGCGGCCGAUGAACGCGUUCAUGGUGUGGUCGCGAGCCCAGAGGCGAAAGAUGGCUCUGGACAAUCCUAAAAUGCAUAACUCCGAAAUCAGCAAGCGCCUCGGGGGUGAAUGGAAACUUCUCUCGGAGUCGGAGAAAAGGCCUUUUAUCGACGAAGCAAAGCGUUUGAGAGCCGUUCACAUGAGAGAGCACCCGGAUUAUAAAUACAGACCCAGGCGAAAGCCAAAGACGCUGAUGAAAAAAGACAAGUUUACUUUUCCCGUGCCCUACACUAUGGGAGAUCACGACUCGUUGAAAACCAGCAGUUUAUCCAGUGGUGCGCUCACGGACUCCUUAAUUGGCAAUCCGGAUAAAGCAGCCGCAGCAGUUGCUGCCGCCGCUGCGACAAGGGCACUUUUCAGUCAGCCGUUAUCCACCAACCCCUAUUCCUUUUUUGACCUGAGUGCGAAGAUGUCGGAAAUUUCCGCAACAUCUUUUCCAUACGUGUCCUCACUUGGGUACCCAGGGAGUGCCGCUGCGUUUCCCGGAAUGGGCGCAGUUGCACAGCCAGCGCACACUCACCCCUCUCCUGGAAAUCCUGGAUACAUGAUACCCUACAACUACUCGACGUGGCCGACGUCCGGACUCCAGCCUCCUUUAGCUUACAUCGUUCUACCCGGUGUGGGCAAAAGUCAUGAACCUUACCCUGCAUACGCGACAGCCUUAUGA